AUGCGCACAACAGGUUUGAAGAAAAGUAAAAUUACAGGGUUUUCUGGAGUUCACGAAGUGCUGAGGAUUCAAUACGACGAGAAAUAUAAUUCAUAUCUCUCUACAGACAACGACGAUUUUCUCUUUCUUACCACAAAUACUCAUGGAGAUAUCUAUGUAGCUGACUGGGCAGGGGAGGCAGUCGUGGUGUUCAAUGCUCUUGGUGAUUUUCGAUUUCGGUAUACUGGAAACGUCUCAGAAACAAAGCUUAAGAAGUUCAAGCCUUACGACAUUGCUACUGAUAUCAAUCAAAAUAUGCUUGUUACUGACACUGAAAACAAUUUAAUCCACGUUAUAGACCAAGAUGGAAACGUGAUCCGCCACAUAGAACACUUACAUGUAAGCGUGGGACCUUUCUGUAUAGACUCACAAGAAAAUCUGUUUAUUGGAGAUAUCAGUACCGGACUUGUUCAGUUAAUUAAAUAUCGUGUUUGA